AUGGCCAGCGCAUGGGUAAAGUGCCUGCGCAUUUUGCCAGUGUCCGGCACCCCACGUCCGAAGGUGGGUGCCUCUCGCAGACGCCCUGGAGAGAGCGACAAGGGGCGUCUCCCCUCUGAGUGCGCCGCUUUGACAGGGUCCACAACCGGGGCGCAGGGUGGGGGCGGCGACCAACAGGCUGGGGCUGGAGGAGCUGACCCUGUCGUAUCCGGCGUGCCAGAAGAAGAGGCAGGACUGGCACCGCCCACAACACAAGCUCGAUCGGAGUCAGCGGGCCGAGAGACACAACCGGAAUCUGGUGGGAGUGACUUUUCGGCGCCGUCUCAUUUUCUUCCGGGAUCGUCGUCUUUUGGCAGCCAAGACACCCGUGGAAGAGAGACGGGCGAAGGUGAACCGGGUGACCAUGGCUCGCACGAACCAACAGGCGGCGCGGAUCAUAUGCCCCCUGUUUUUACAGAAGACGCCGGGGAAGGUCUCAAUAUAUUGGAGGGCUUGUCUUCGCGUCUACGCGAGGACCGCCCCGCAGGGGGGCGCCGAGAGGAGACACAGGGACCUUCGCAUAAUUUGUCUGUGGGGAAGGAUUCCUCAUCACGGCGUCGACGUCGAACGAGAAAAACAGGCGGCCACUCUAGUGCCUCGUCCGUGGUGUCAAGGUUGUCGUCUUCUACGGCUACGGCGCUUCCUACCUCUUGGGUGUGGAGCGUAAGCGAUGGGAGUGUGCACAGGACGGGAAACACUGAAACUGUCGAACAAGUUUCAGAUGUCGGGUUGAGUACACCAUUCUUCUCGAUUCUAGGUGAGCAGGACCGGACAGCCCCCCCAAGCAGCCCAACGUCGCCGGAUGUGUCUCCUCCGGUUCAGUUCCUAGCACAUGGGUACACAGGGGGAUCCAAAGGAGCAACGGCGUCCUCGCCCGUCGAGCAUGCUCCGCUUCCCCGCCUGACCACAUCGUCCCUGUCAGGGUCAGGCGGUGGACUCAGUCCACAGGGUAGGACAUGGGAUCCAUUCUUCGACGCAACUGCAGAACCAGCUGCACUGUGGGCGGGUCUACAGCAAGGUGAGUCUCAGGUGGACGCUGGUGCAUUCACCGAGGCCCCUCGCAUUUCCUGGGGACGAUCGGCGCAGGAUUUUGGAAUACCCAGUGACAGAUCUCCACACAUUUCCAAACGGUUAGCUGACCCGCCGCCGCUGACUCUGCGGCUGGAACGUGCGAAGAGAGUCGAGACUGAGGAGACUACUAAGGAGAGCCUUAUACCCGUCGCAAUUGGGUCAAUUCCACGUGCGGCGGAGCCUCCCUCAACUCUUCCAGGCGCGUUAGUGUGGCCAGACCCCCUUGAGGAGAUGGUAGAGAUGCUGAAAUCGAAAAUGCAGCGUGCGCAGAUGCCAACCAAACGGGGUGCACGCCUCACCCGGAGGCAUCAGAGGUUCAUUGCGGAGUUCUCCCGUCUCAAUAUCGAGGUCGCCAAGCGCCGCAAGGCUCAAUUAGAGCAUAGUCUUACCAUGUUAGAGCCCAGAAGCCCGGUUCCCACUGGUGGCAGCGAAGCAGGUCAGAGGGCGCAAACAAGAGACCUUUUAGAUGGAACCUUAAGUCGUGCCGCCCUCCGGGAACUGGCUAACAUGUUCGAGUUGCAGCGUUUGAACCUCACGAGCCGAGAUGACCGGCGCGACCCCGUCGUGAAACGAGAGCGUCGGCGCGUGAUAAUGUCGGCAUUGCGAGUGGCGGCGCGGCUUCAGCAAGCUCAAGACACAGCCAGUGAAGACGACAGUAAGUCAGACAGUGAUUCCAAUGAAUGGCCAGGAAGCCGGUCCCCACUCGUGUUUAUGUCUCAACCUCUUGAUGAGUCGCUGAAAGAGGGUGCACCAAAACCAGUUCCAGACCAACGGAAGGAAGUUUUUACAAGCUCAGGUCCGCCUGGUAUGAUGAAGUCAGACAGGAGGGUCAGCCCUUGGCUGGCGGAACCACAUCAGAAGGAGCAAUGGCAUGUGAAGGGCUGGGAACAAGUUAGCGCCUUGAAGGACGCGGAGAUAAAGAAGGCGGCGCAGAGGAGGCACGCGCGCCGCAGGCUUUGGCGGCAGCGCCCAAGUUCCCUCUCAUCCAUUGCGGAAGAAGCAGCUGAUGAACUUGAGUAG